AUGACGUCGCUUGUGAAUCCGGGUCUUGGUAUUGUUGAUUAUCAGGACGAAGGGUCCGUAGAGGAAUGUUUGAGGGAAGACGUGAAGACUUUGAGGGAGGAAUUUUGGGAAGAUGGGGCUGUUAAGCAGCAGCGCCCGUCUGCAGAGAGAUUGAAGGUAAAAGGUACGGAAAGAGAAGGGGAAAGGCCGAGAGACAACGAGGUCAUCGGCACCUUGAACGGCCCAGCGAUAGACGGAGGGGAAUGGGAAAGAUGGGGUCGGGUGACCGGGGUGUGGACGCAAAAGAUAGUGAUACCUGACUGGGGCGCGGGCUCAAUUGGGCGUGUGAGGUGGGUUCCUAGUCAGUUGAGAUAUGCUGUAUCAGGCCUUGUUCUUCUGGGCUUGUUGGGACCCCUGGUUGGUGGUAGCUCAAACUGCGUCACUCGGCAGCGUAGAUUUGGGGAUCAGGCGGAAUGCGCGGUAAUAAUCGGCAAGCAAAGCGCUGUCAUGGGCCCUUUGGCUGAAUUGAUGAACGAUCUUCAGAAACAGAACGAACUAGACAAGAUCAAACUGCCUAGGAUGGGGUCGCAGCUGGGGAAAAGCUGGAGUGCAGCACGCGGAGUCAGGCGAGACAGCAGCAGGGGCAGCGAUCACGAAAAUGUGCAAGCGAUACGUUUGGGGGGGAGGAAUGAUCGACUUAUGGGUGAGGAAAACAGCGCGAAAGGAGGUGAUUUGAUGAUAAGGAUGAAGGUUGGUAACGAAGGGGGAAUAAAGAAGAAGAAAAUGCUGUUCAAGAUGAAGGAAGGGCAGCAACUUGAGGGAUAG